AUGCAUUCGACAACGGCCUUCUGCCUCGGGCUCGUGGCCAGCCUCGCUCAGGGAGCUGUCCUCACCAGGCGUGCUGCUCUAGAGGACUGCCUCUCGAGUAGUGAGACAGUCGUAGAUACGAUCGGUUCUGACGACUACAACCGCGAUAUCACGCCUUUCAACAAGCGGUUAGAAUUUACACCCGCAGCCAUUGCCGUACCAACCACAGUAGAGCAGAUCCAAUCCGCCAUAGCGUGCGGCUCAAAACUGGGGUAUAAGGUUACCGCGAAAUGCGGAGGGCAUAGUUAUGCAUCUCUAGGUCUUGGCGGAGAGGACGGUCACCUUAUCAUCGAGCUAGAUCGCAUGAACUCUGUGAAGCUUGACACGGAGACCAACAUCGCGACUGUGGACUCGGGUACGAGAUUGGGUCACCUAGCAGCAGAGCUAUACGCCCAAGGAAACCGCGCUAUAUCCCACGGAACAUGUCCUGGUGUUGGCAUCUCUGGUCAUGUCCUCCAUGGUGGAUUUGGCAUGAGCUCUCACUCGCGCGGUCUCGCAUUGGACUGGGUGGUUGGAAUGAAUGUUGCAUUAGCAAACGGAUCGCUUGUCCACACUUCGGCAACAGAGAACAAGGACGUAUAUUGGGGUCUGCUAGGCGCAGGCUCAAAUUUCGGAGUUGUCACAAGCUACGAGCUUAAGACGUUUGAGCCUCCGGCAAAUGUCACAUGGUUCGUGGUUAAUAUGCCGUUGAAAACGAACACAUCCGUUGCUGCUCUGGAGGCGAUAGAAGACUACACCCUGAAUACUAUGCCAGCCGAGCUAAAUAUGCGCCUUUUCGCCACGCGCCAGUUCACCCAGCUGGAGGGUAUCUAUCAAGGAAACAAGACAGACCUCGAGGCUGCGUUGGCGCCAUUACUAAACAAGACCGGGACGUCCAUAGCGCAAGCCCAGACGACCACUUGGAUCAAGGGCCUCGAACACUUCGCUACUAUGAAACUUGACCAGACGUACCCUUACACGCAAGUGCAAGAGAACUUCUACGGCAAGAGUUUAGAGCUGAAGGGGCUGAGCGGAACUGCGGCGAAGAACUUUGCCGAUUAUUGGUUGGACGUCGCCAAGAAGGAGACAACUCGGUGGUACAUCCAGCUGGACCUCCAAGGAGGCAAGAAUUCGGCGGUGUGGAAAGCUGACCCGGAUUUGACGUCGUAUGCGCACCGUGACAAGCUAUAUAUCCUCCAGUUCUACAUGACGACAAGCGGCGCUCCGGACAAGGCCUUCAAAUUCGUUAACGAUUGGGCGGAGACUACGACGGCUCCCCUAACGGCGGACGACUGGGGAAUGUAUUUCAACUACCCAGACACAAAUCUAAACCGCACAAGGGCACAAGAGAUGUAUUGGGGGAAGAAUCUGGCCAAGUUACAGCAACUCAAGGCAGAACUCGACCCCAAGGAACUAUUUUACUACCCAGUGUCGAUCAACCCCGCGGAGAAAUCCGAGCUUCUGUAG